AUGACUUCUGCCGAAGAACGUGCAAACGCCGGAGAGAGUCCUCCGGCCAUCGGAAGUAAUAGAAGCAACAUUAGAAGAACAGCUUUCGACCGGCUCGUUCUGGAAGUUGGGCAUAAGUCCAUGAUCGAAUCUUCGAUAUCUCAACAUUUCCGGGACAAGGAGUCUAAAGGAGGACCUCACGAACAAGUCGAUGUUGUGAAAGGGAAAGAUGAGAAGUAUGCCCCACUGGAUCAUCUUCCAUUCACUCCUAACCAUACAUGUAGGGAAAGGGCUAAUCCUUCUACUUCACGGAGCUCCUGGGUAGGGAAAACCUCGACCUCAGGAACAACUCAAUCCAGAUUUAUUCUAAAUGUCUAUUUCACAGAGGGGAUUGCAGAGAUGUUUGGAAAACCACUUUUUCAAAUCACAUGUGGUGACUUGGGGACUACGGCAAAGGAGGUUGAACAGACUCUCGAAAGUAAUUUUGCUUUGGCUAACACAUGGGGGUGCAUUCUGCUUUUGGAUGAGGCAGACGUAUUCCUUGCCGAGCGAACCAAAGAGGACUUUGUAAGGAACGGACUAGUGGCAGUCUUCCUCCGAGUGCUUGAGUACUACUCCGGCAUUCUCUUCCUAACGACUAACCGAGUGGGUGACUUUGAUGAGGCUUUCACUUCACGCAUCCACAUGAGUCUCUACUACCCUGAAUUGAGCGAGAAGAAAACUCUCAGGGUGUUCAAGAUCAAUUUGGAUCUGAUCAGGGAACGUUUUGCGUUGAAGGGGCGACAUAUAGACAUCGACGGAAUGGAAAUUGCCGCUUUCGCCACGCAGCAUUACAUCAAUCACCUCAGCGCACGCUGGAAUGGUCGCCAAAUCCGCAACGCCUGUCAAACUGCAUUGGCAUUGACCGAAUACCAAGCUCAUGGCGGGAGACACGAUGCCAUUAUGAAGCCGGAUGCCGUCGUCAACCUGGCUGUCAGGCACUUUGAGACGGUGCGCGACGCGUAUCUCAAGUUCGCUGAGUACAUGAGCAAGAUCUACGGAGCCAAUGCUGCUAGCAAAGCAAAAGAGGACAGACUAAGGGCCAUCUUGGUUGUUGAAAAUGACAAAGUCGUCAGCGACACUCGCGCAGGCGGCCGGGUUGACAGGAAGGAAGCAUACCGUCAAUCUCAAAGCCCCUUGCAAAUGGUUGGCCUCCGCCAGCACGACAGUCCUCGAAAUCAGCAUGCGCAAGGCUAUUCUCAAUCAAGCUAUCAGACUCAGCCGACCUAUCGAGGGCCGCCUCAAGGCUACUCGCAACCCCAACCCCUAGGGCCUCCACCGCCUGACCCUUACAGAACGUCAACACAAGCGCAUCCUGCUCAGUAUCCCAGCACUCCACCUAGCCAGACUUAUCGCGUCGCUUCGGCUCAGAUGCCAGCGCAAGGCGGUCAAGUCACGGGUGGUCUAGGAAGAAGUCCGAGCAGCUCAUUCAAGGCUCUCAGACCCAGAAUCAGUUCGACGAUCAACGAAACCAGAGGUUUUCUCAGCAGCAAGGAGCUGAGUCUCAGAGGUUUGAACAGGACAUUCAAGACAUACGGAAUAGUCCAGCAAGAUUUCGCAACAGAGUCUUCAAGAGAUAUUUCGGAAACGCAUCGACGAAAACUACCUUCUCGACUCCUAAAGCUCGAAACGGUCGGCCAGCAGAGAACUUUCCGCUUGGUUACAAGGCAAGAGAUUGCAACGCGAGCCAGCUAUGCGACGCUCAGUCAUUGUUGGGGAACUAAGCCCUGGGAUAGGAACCUGAUAUUGAAUCAAACCAAUCUGGCGACCUUGUCAACCUCACAACCCAUAGCCAAUCUACCAAAGACGUUUCGAGAGGCCUUUGUCGUACUGGAGAGGCUUCAGCUCGAGUACCUCUGGAUCGACCGCUUCUGCAUCUUCCAAGACUCUGAGGAGGACUGGCUUGCAGAGGCAUCAGAAAUGCAUAACGUUUAUGCAAGCUCCAUCAUUUGUAUCUCGGCAUUGGGCGCGGAAGAUGAUGACGGGGGGCUAUUCUUCUCUCGUGAUCCGCUCGCCGUCAGGAUUCCGGUGGUCAAUAUACCUAUCGGCGAGUCAAACAAGCCCGUGCCUCAUGCUGGAGAGAUGGCCAUGGCCUACAUCAGAAACACAGACUCUCAAUCUGCUGUGCUGUCUAAGCGUGGUUGGGUUCUUCAAGAAAGGAUACUGGCUCCUCGGGUUCUUCACUUUGGGAAGAGCCAGGUGUUGUGGGAGUGCAAUACGUCCGUCUCCUCUGAGGCUCAGCCAAAGUUUGACAAGUGGAAGAGCGUUCAUGUUCUCCUCGCUCAUCCCGAUAUCAGACCCAAGUACAAGCGACGGACUGUGUGGAAGACCACUAUUGGAUACGAGCCGCCGAGCUUCGAGAACCCAAUCGACUGCAUCUUCAUCGAAUGGUACCACAUUCUUGAUUAUUAUAACGACUGUCAUCUCACCAAGAGUGACGACAAGCUUGUGGCAAUAUCGGCUAUUGCAAAAGACAUGAAAAAGCAUCUCAGCCAUCUGGGUGAAUCAUCAGUCUAUCUCGGCGGUCUCUGGAGAUCGAGGAUGCCGCGCAACUUGCUUUGGCAGGUUUCCAAUCCGGCAAAACGACCGGAGCGGUAUCGAGCACCGUCUUGGUCCUGGGCUUCCGUUGAUAAUGCAUCUUGGUUCACGUACCAUGAGGGUUAUUCGUGGUUCCCAAAGCGUCAUAGGGUAUUGGUGUCUGUCAUUGAGGCUACAACGACUCCUCUGACAUCGGACGAUACCGGCCAACUACAAGGCGGCAGCUUAACUCUCAAAUGCCGGUUGCUCAGAGCUAUCCUUGCUAAGGGGCCUCGAGACGGACAAAUUGGUGCUGAAAAGCUCGAGACUAUUGAAGGAAUUAGAAUUCAUCACCAGCGUGAGAAAUGGGCUGGGUACUUGAUGAGGUUCGACACCGUCGAGGACGAGCGUUGCAGUCCCGUUCUGUUCGUGCCUGUUCAGGUCGAGGAAGACAAGGAGAGUAGGGCCGACGAAAGUCGUAUUCGCGGAAAUUACUAUGGUUUGGUCCUCGAAAAGUCUGGGAACAGUUACAAAAGAAUCGGCAAACUCCGGUACGAUAUUUAUGAGCCUACGCUGGGGUCUUGGUUUGAUGACAUCGAUGUUCCAUGGGGAAAGAUUACCAUUUUAUAG